GUGACCGAGUGGGUGAGUAUGUGCAUGAUGGUGGUGAGGUGCACGGCAUGGAGCAGUGCUCUGGCUCGAUCUCUAGCUAUGAUGGAAGGACCAUGCCAGGUAAGAGCUUGCCACAACGCAAGUAUGCCUGUUACAAGAGACACACUAUAUCCAGAAAGCAGCUCUACUGUCAGGCCCUUCAAUGAGAUACCUGGGAUGUGGAAAAACAGCUUGGGGAACCUCUACACCUUCUGGAAACUGAAUGGAUUUAAGAACAUCCAUCACAUUAUGGUGCAUAACUUCAACACAUUUGGGCCCAUUUACAGGGAGAAAAUUGGAUAUUAUGAAAGUGUGAAUAUAAUCAACCCUGAGGAUGCUGCCAUCUUAUUCAAAGCAGAGGGUCACUACCCUAAAAGGCUCCGAGUGGAACCUUGGACUUCCUAUCGGGAUUUUCGAAAUCGCAAAUAUGGUGUUCUUUUGAAAGAUGGAGAAGACUGGCGAUCCAACAGAGUCAUUCUGAACCGUGAGGUAAUCUCGCCGAAGGUGCAGGGGAACUUUGUGCCACUACUGGAUGAGGUGAGCCAGGACUUUGUUGCUCGAGUUCAUAAAAAGAUUGAAAGAAGUGGACAGAACAAAUGGACCACAGACCUGUCUCAUGAACUCUUCAAGUAUGCUCUAGAAUCUGUGAGUGCAGUAUUGUAUGGUGAACGUCUGGGGCUGCUGUUCGACUACAUUGAUCCAGAUGCUCAGCACUUUAUUGACUGCAUCACUCUUAUGUUUAAGACCACCUCCCCCAUGCUUUACAUCCCCCCUUCCAUGUUAAGGCGGCUUGGAGCCAAAACCUGGAAAGACCAUGUGGAAGCAUGGGAUGGUAUUUUCAACCAAGCGGACCACUGUAUUCAGAACAUCUACAGGCAGCUGAGGAAGGAAUCUGAAGGUCAGAAUAAAUAUCCCGGAGUGCUGGCCAGCCUUCUCAUGCUUGACCGGCUGUCCAUUGAGGAAAUCAAGGCCAGUGUGACUGAGCUGAUGGCUGGAGGCGUAGAUACAACAUCCCUUACCCUUCUUUGGACGCUCUAUGAGUUGGCACGUCACCCUGACCUCCAAGAGGAGCUGAGGGCCGAAGUCAUUGCAGCUCGCACUGCCUCGCUGGGAGACACAAUGCAGAUGCUCAAAAUGGUGCCACUGCUAAAAGGUGCUCUGAAAGAGACACUCAGGCUGCACCCUGUAGCAGUAAGCCUGCAAAGAUACAUCACUCAAGAUGUUGUUAUCCAAAACUACCAUAUUCCAUCUGGGACAUUAGUGCAGCUGGGACUGUAUGCUAUGGGCAGGGACUAUCGCAUCUUUCCCAGACCAGAGCAGUAUCUGCCCUCUCGCUGGCUAAGGAAUGAAAGCCAUUAUUUCAGGAGUCUGGGCUUUGGCUUUGGGCCGCGUCAAUGCCUUGGGCGCAGAAUUGCAGAAACUGAGAUGCAGCUCUUCCUCAUCCACAUGUUGGAGAACUUCAGGAUUGAGAAGCAGAGACAAGUAGAAGUGAGGAGCACGUUUGAGCUUAUACUGAUCCCUGAAAAACCCAUUCUGUUAACUAUAAAGCCUUUACAUAACAGUAAAUGACAAACUCCUUCCAGAAGCCUUCACAUGGACAGACGUUUGGUCAAGGUUGUGUACUGAUCAGUGGAUGUCUGAGCAAAUCCAUGAUUGUAUUCACUGAGUCUGGUCA